GCCCUGGGCCUGGUGCAGCUCGGCCUCUUCCUGGAGCAGACGGGCUUCUUCCUACGCCGCCGGGGCACCUCCCGCCGGACCAGCCUCUCCCUCUGGAUCCUGGGGGUCUACCCGGUGUUCAGCAGCAUGUCCCUCAUUGCCAUGUACAUCCCCGAUCCUCCUUCGUCUGUAACUUUGUUGCGAACAUCUACCACUCCAUCACCCUGUGGAAAUUCCUGGACUUGGUGACUGAUUUCUUUGGGGGCUCGGCCCGCAUGGUCCAGCGCCUGCGGGGUCAGCACGUGGCCCCCAACCCCUUCCCCUGCUGCUGCUGCUGCUGUCUGCCCAACAUUUCCACCAGCUGGUCCAACCUACGCUGGAUGACCCUGGCCGUGUACCAGCUGUCCCUCAUCAGGACCAUCCUCUUCUUCAUCACGCUCAUCCUCUGGACCGACGAGAAGUAUGACUACGGCGAUGUGAGCUACACCAACCCCAACUCCUACAUCAACGCCAUCAUUGGUAUCUCUACCUUGCUGUCCUUCUAUGGCUACCUGCUCUUCUACAAGGCCACCCAGCCGGCCCUGGCCGGCUACAACCUGCGUUCCAAGUUCGUCUGCAUCAUCCUGGUCCUUGUUGUGUGCGGCCUCCAGAGCGGCAUCGUGGAGACCAUGGGGGCCCUGGGGGCCAUUCCCUGCCGGCCUCCGCUCUCGGCCGAUACCCGCUCCCAGAUUAUCUAUUACUACUCCCUGGUGGUGGAGAUGUUUCUCAUCAGCCUCUUCGCCCAUUACUGUUUCCGACGGGACGAGCUCACCCCGGAGAGCCCCACCGGCACCAAGAACCAGGCCUCCCAGACACAGGUGCCCCCUAGUGGCUCUGGGGAGGACAGCGCCUCCCUGACUGGCCUCAACCCCUGCUACUCCCCCGAUGAGAGCCUCUGCCGAAUCGAGCACACGCCGUUGGAUCGCUUCCAUUUCAGCCCCGGCUUCCCCCGACCUGGAGGGGGGCUGGGCCAGGGCUGGCCAGCUGGAACUCCCCCGGGGGCCCUCGAGAUGGGAGAGCUGAGUCCUGGGGUCCCUGCAAAUGGGUCUCCCCCCAGGAAAACCGACGCCCGUCCCAACGGAAUCCAGAACCAACCCAGCACCCAGGACGUCACCGUGGUAUAAGCGGGACCCCACCCCACAUGGGGCAGGGAGCAGGCAGAGGUAGAAGACAGAUGGUGUUAAUCUGCGGAACUCCCUGCUACAGGAUACUGCAGGAGGUGAUGCUUCCCCAAGAGGAUGGGGGGGCGGAAACUGGUUGACCCCCAGAAAGAAUGGGGAUGAGGCAGGAGCUGGAGAUCAAAUGCUAAGUGCUGUUGUAUAAUUAGGGUGAUCUAGGGGACCCCCUGUACUUACGAAUGGUGGGGGAUAUGAAACUGCUGUCGCGGAAGGCCUCUGUGUCUACCCAGCAUGGCUGCUAAGUCUUUAAGCAGAUACCUCCCAGAGGACGCACCGGAAGAGCCAUUCGGCGAGCUAGAGCAGGAGGGGGUGUCGCUGUUAUUUUGGGGAUGUCUGGAUUACUUCUCAUUAAUAUCGUGUCUGACCCUGUUUCCCUGGCUGCAUCUAGGGCAAUCAAAGGAGGCUCAGAGUACGCAGACCAUCAGCUCUUUGGAGCGGGGCCUGUCAGUCUGUUCUGUGUUCGUACAGGGCCGCGGAGGCAGCGGGCCAGAGCCGGGGGGCUCCAUUAACGUACAAAAUAAAGCAACGUCGGCUGAGACAGGCUCUCCAGUGCCAGCUUCAAAGGGGCUAAGGCACCAAUGGCUGGGCCCUUAACCAAGGGAAGACGCUGCCGCCGUUAACCAGCGGAACUCCCUGCUUCAUGAUAUCCCUGAAGGGGAAAGAUUGCCCAGGUGAUUCAGGGCUGGGGUUGAAAGGCAUCCACUGAUGACAUCUCCGCGAGUCUUUAUUAAAACAGAGGCCAUGGGGAAGGGGCGGUGGGCAGAACCCCCUGCAAAACUGGCCACAAAGGGUUAAAUUAAAAUGCUCUUUUCACAGA